CACCGGGCAGCAGGCAGCAGGCUGUACAGCACCAAAUGUCAUCAUUAUCAGCUGCAGCGAAGCAAGGCAAAGUACUGACAACAAAUACGGUGGCGUGGAGGACACACUGAUGAACGUGUGUUAGAGCGAAAAUGUCAGUGACGGCAAACGCCACUACUUUAGCAGUAGUCAAUCAAAGGCCGUUGAAGCGCUUGGUAGUAUUCGUACAAAGCAGUUGUAGUGAAUGUGGCACAUUUUGAAAGGAAAAAAUAAGGAUCAGAGUGCGAAUAUGCGACGCGUUAAACGAUAUUAAAUUUUAAGAUGCGCCAAGGACCUUUCUGACUACUAUGUAAAUGCAGUAGUAAUACUAAAUAGCAACAGUAACACCAACUCAUACAAACAAAAAAUAAGGAAAAUUGCGCGAUGUACGUGUCUGAAAAGUGAUUACUUAAGCAAAUACCUAAUUUUAUUAUUAUUUUUAUUAUUACUGCGACUGAGCAGUGUAACAAGCAAGCAAACUACGUUGAAAAUAUUGAGGAAAGUGCAAAAUUAAAUGAUAUGAUGUGGCGCGUGUGUCGCCGCGGCUUGCACAAAUGUGGCCAAGUGAAAUCUGAGCUGUGAGCAACUUGGCUGGCUGGCAGGCAGGUCCACUCGUGUGAGAGUAGAUCUAUAUUUCGUUUAACGCCGUUCAAGGCAAAGCAACACAUUUAUGCCAGAUGCCACCGAAAACGAGUGUAUAGUAAAUUUUUAUGUGUAUACGCGCAUUUGUAAAAUCUUAUGAGCGUUCAAAUUAAAGUGGCUCAUAACGAGUGCUCCUAUACCAACAAACGAAAAACGCUAAUCGCGCAAGAUCGUUUAAACAGUUGAAAGUGUUUUGCCAAAACAGAAUUGCCAUUCAAUUUUUUUCCUCUUUUGAGUGUGUGUGCGAAUGCGCUUCAGCUAAAUUGCAGCUAUUUUAACGGUGCAAAUGUGUGUUCAUGUGUUUGCUGGCAAAUUGAUUUAAACUGCCACUUAUACAGAAAAAGUAAACAACAAGAAGUGGAAAACAAUCCUAAAUGGAUUGGCGCGAGAAGCACGUGUGCUCCAAGCAGUAGAAAAAAAUAUAAAAAAAACGAGGAAAAGAAUACAAGUAGCACCAACGAAAACUACACCGCCCUUUAACGCCAGUCCGACAAACGCUAAAUGAAAAUAUUUUCGCGGAAAUUGCAUGUCGUGCAACAUUUACCACCAAUGCCCAUUAAAAGCAGUCCUUGUGUGCAUGUGUAUGUGUGUUUUAGUAGCUAAAUGACGCCGGUUCGCGUCUAAUGGCGCUGCAACGCGGUAAUAGCGCACGUAAAAUAAAAUAAUAAAGAAAAUAUAAUAAAAAAAAAAUACGUUUACAAAACAAAAUUCAGUGCAAGUGCAACAAGCAGCACACACAGCAACACAGUUUGAGUGCGAAUCUACUUAUUCGUUUUCUCGCUUGUCGGCGCGCUCCGCCAACUUGACGUUAACAAUAAUUACGCGCGCGUAAAUUAGUCCCGUUUCGACAUUUUAUAGCGCGUUAAUUGCUGCACACACGCCAAAUUCACACAUCAACAAUUUUGGGUAAACAAAACUUAACACCCACUAACGCCAGUUCUCCCAAGGCACCUGUACUUCGUGUAUUUUGCUGCCACUAGCCACUCAAGUCCAUUCCUUCCCCACUACCACAAUGGCCGUCAGCAACAUCGUCUGUGAGUGGCUGCGCGCCCUUGGCCUAGCUCAGUAUGCCGAGAGCUUUCUGGAUAAUGGCUAUGAUGAUUUGGAGAUUUGCAAACAGGUCGGUGAUCCCGAUUUGGAUGCCAUUGGCGUGGAAAAUCCGAUGCAUCGUCAUAAAUUGUUGAAAAGCAUACGACAGUUGCGUGAAAAGGGUGCCGCUUCCGUUUACUUUAUGUUGAACGAUCCGAGCUCGCUGUCGGGCAGCAUGGAGAUUCUUUGUGAAACGCCACCAAAUGAGUUGGAUUUGGUGUUACGCGAGCAACUGGAAACCGAUGGCAUACGCUUGACCGCACAUCCAUACUCCACACCGGUCUCCUACCUUACUAAGUCUGUAUAUGAAUAUAGAAAUGAUGAGAGCGAUGCUAUGUUACGCUGGGUUUUUCAUGAAAAGUGA